AUGAAAGUGAAGUGGACACUAAAAGAGAAUGAUAUCCAGGAUAGGUUGAGAAGUCUGGAAAGCUACAAGCUUUCCUUAGAUCUACUGCUUUCUGUGCAGACCAGCACGACUACGACGAAUAUUGAGGAGAUACUCGUCCAGGUUCAGAAGAAGCUGUCGCUGAAACCCGCAGAAACUGCUGCUGUGAAAACGCCUCUCUCGUGGCGAAAGAAGCUAGCAGGAUUCGACUCAGGUCCGGUAGAUGAGAAAAAGACAGAUGAUUCCGGGGCCGUCUCUCCUACACUUGGGAGCAGUGCCAGCUCUGUGACUCUGGGCACUGACUCUGACACGUCUCAUAUAAUCCCCGGUCCGAAGACGGCUGGCUGGGAAGAACCCGGAUUUUACGGUAUUAGUCGAGACGAAGGCCAACUAGCUCCUGAUCUCAAUAGCCCGGAUUUGACUUCUGUCUGUGAAAUAAAAAUUGGGAAACAGAAAAUCAGUCUGGUUUGCGGCUGGGACGAGCCAUCCAAGGCCAAUCAAUCAGUCAGGCCAAUGCAUGUACAUCUCUUAUUCAAGGGACCAACGGCGGGAGAUCUGUAUUUCAUGCAGUUGACAGAUUCAUUGGCGAUGAUCACUCUGAAUCGCUUUUUCGUCCCGGUAGGAAGAUCGAGUCUCAUAAUAGCGCGAUGUGAUAUGAAAGACAUCCCGUGUUCUCUCGAUGAUCUCUCGGCACAAGAGUCCCCGGAAGAUUAUCACCUUGCACUGGGAACGUAUGCUCUCAGGUCAACCGCGAAAGCUGAACAGGUGCUGGUGAAUUUUGAAAACUCUCGCGAUCGCGAGGAAUUUUUGGGACAUAUGUACGCUGCUCGAUACUUGCAGCGCAUGGAGCUUGCAUUUGGGAUACCCAAUAAGCUUUACCAUGACUCGAAGACUGGAAAAAGAAACCAGCAUGUUCAAGUAGGAUAUGCAGAUGGCACGGAAAAGUCCUACAUUUACCCUUGUCUUUCGGUCGAAUACAGUCUGGAAGAUCGAGCUCCCCGACUCACAUGCAAAACAAAGCCAAUCGAUGAGGUAGGGAUCUUUCAUGAGGAUUUACCGAGCCUCGAUAUUCAAAUAGUAGGAAGCGAGACCAUCGUGUGUAAUGCCCCAGAUGGAAACAAAGUCCGGACAAUCUCGAUGACUUUUGGAUCCCUGAAUGAGGUUCUGCAGAUGUACAACCGCCUUCAGGAUAUCGUGCGGGAGUGGACCGUGUUGAGCACGAAGAAAAUUGGCGAAUAUGAGGUCAAGAAGGAAUGGAAAGUCAACAAGCUCGAGUUCUGGGAGGGAUCCAAAGCUCCCGGAGACCCAUUCCAUAAUGUCAUUGUGGUUGCCAAAACAGAUCGCCCCCUCAAAAGGAUGAUGAUGGAGGUCUACGAUGCGGAGCGAACCCAAAAGCUGGCAUCUUUCUUUGUCAUGACAUCUUCUAUUCUCUUCUAUAAGCACCAUAUGCGGGCAUCGUCACCCGACUUCUUCAAGGCGCCCAUUUUCCAGACCGGUUUUUGGGACCUCAGAAAUGGCGGUGAUACCACGGCGGAGAACUUCCAGACAGGCCAGGUCAGAAUGAACGGCCAAGGCGAGAAGCAGCUAUGCGAUGAGCUGGAGGACUUUGUAGAGACAAUGAUGGAUGAUAGCCAGGAUGCUCAGAGGAAAUUUAUGACUGGAAUUAACCAGAUGUGA